AUGGAUGGUUUUUCAGAAUCUAGGUUGGAAUCGUUAUACAAGGACUUUAGACCGUUGCAGGAACUCAAUCAUGAAGGUUAUAUAGCCAAUAUCAACUCAUGGAGGAAAUAUCUUAUUGAUACCGACUUUGGGAAUCCAAAUGGUAUGAUAUUUGAGUGUGGAUCUACAUUUCUCCAAUCAUUGUCCAGAGGAAAAUUGGGCGUUCCAAAAAGUAUUGAUGUUGUGAUAGAUUCUCUUGUUCAGGAGGAAUAUUUGAUACCUUUUGAAAGUUUUGAUAAUGGAGAAAUGUAUACUGAAGAAUUGCCAAGAUUGUUCAGAUGGUUAGGUAUAUCAGGAAAGAGUUGGAAACGUUAUAGAAGCCGGAAGAAUGAGGAGCGUCUGUAUUUAAAGGAAGUUAAACUGAUCAAGAGAUCUGUAGUUGAGUCAAGAUACGAGGACAUUAAUGAAGAAAUAAAAAAGAAUAUACUAGAACAAGUUAGUGGAAUCACAGAUAUAAUAUUUCCCACGUUUGAAUUCUAUGAAAUUACAAACUUCAAGAAAUAUUUGAAAGACGAACAAGAUGAAUUUCUGGUCAUGCUCCGAUAUUUGGAAGUUUAUAAGCAUGUUAUCAUUAGGGAGGGAGCCACAAUUAAGAUUGUGAACCAUCAAGUACUGGCGCUACUUAAUACUUCCCCAACUGUUAUUACUGAAAAUGAUCGUUCUAUUGCAGAAUUAAAAGCUGGGAUCAUCAAUAUUAAUAGACAGGUGAAAAAAAUAGAAGUGGAUAUUGAAGGAUAUGUGAAGAAAAUGCAUGGGUCAGCCUUCCAAUCUCUUUCAAGGGAAUCUCAGAAGCAGUAUUUAAAAGCAAAAAGGUUGUCAGAACUGUAUUUGACUAAGUUAUUGACUUAUCUUAAUACUUUAUUAAGUCUAAAAAAGCAAUUGGAUGUUUGUUCAACCAAUAAUCUUCUAUUCAAUGCUCUUAAUACAUCAAAGGAAACUCUUAAGGUCAUGAACGAUUAUGUUGGGUCAGCUGAAAAGGUUGAAGAGUUAUUAAAGGAUGUUGAAGAAGAGAAGAUACGCGCAGAUAAAAUAAGUGAAGUCUUAGCUUCAAAUGAUGAAAGUGAAGAAAACAUAAUAUCGGAUGAGCAACUUGAGCGAGAACUGAAUAAAAUGGAAGAAGAUAUGAAGGAGCAAGGGGUAGUGAGUACAUUAAAUGGGGAUAAUGCCAGUACUGAAAAGCUAUCAAAAGAAUUAGAGAAAUUGAAGAUUUCAACGAAAGAUGAGAAUAAGAUAUCAACGAAAGAUGAUAAUAAGAUUCAAUCUGAGAAGAAGGAAAAAGCACUAGAAGGAGUUUUAAAUUAA